ACCUUGGUUUGUUUCGAACAUUGUCAUCAUCAUAAACGCGUCUUUCUUUUCAAAAAGUACAGUGGCUUGCGAUACGAUCUCUUUGUCAGUAUAGUUAUAUGAGGUUGCUAUGUGCCAAAGUCAAGUAACACGUCCUGCUUCUCCCGUGAAAGGCGUUUUGGAUAAUAGCAGCGCCAGUAACGUCGACAACAAAGGUGAAUCUGUGAAGAACUCGAAAUAUAAAUCCUCCAAGCUCUCUGAUGUGAAAGCUCGGAAAAGAAAGAGAAAGGGCGAUAGUACUAGUAUAUUGGGUGGAAAUGUUCUAUUACACAUUACAUGGAUAGAUUUGUUGGGCAUGACAGAGUAUGAAUCAUUGGAGCAAAGGCUGCACGACGAAAUCGUUGCAUUUACGAAAUAUGUCCAACCUAUCCCAGGUAUAUGAGCUUGUAUGCAAAAUACUU